CUCCGCAGCUACGGGGGCUGGUCUGGCCAUGCCAGGACCGGGAGGCAGAGGAGGUGUGGGCAAUUGGAGUGUCUGGAGCCCUAGGUGAGGACACGGUUCCCUCCUCUGUGGCAGGACACAGUGGCUGCCCCUUCUUUUGUCUGCACAGCCUCUGUGCCAAGGCACAUGUGCCUCUGCUCCAUCCCCUACCGUCCCCACCUAGUUCUCCAGGUACAGGAGUGUCCAUGACUGAAUUGAAUCUCCCAAUGCCAAGCCUGCUUUUCCACCCCAUUUCAUCUCCCUCCCCCUGCCCGCCAAAAAAACAAAAAAACAAAAAAACAAAACCAAAAACAAAAACAAAACUCCAGUAUGGACUUGUACAGGGCUUGACAAUUUAGAAAUCCCUGAGGAAACAUUCAGGUUGGACUUCCUGAGCAAGCAGAUGGGAAGGCCUAGGGCCUGCCUUGGAGGGGGGGACCACUUGUCAACCUUGACUUUUUGUAGCAUGAGUAUAAUAUUCCUCAAGAGCUGUGAUGGUGAAAUGAAGAAAAAGUCUAUAGAGGGCCAGGGCUGUUUCUCAUGAAGCCUAUUGCCCAAGAGUCAGGGUUAGGAUCAGCUGGUUAGCUUGGACCAGUACAUGUGACCCCUUCCACCCACCCGAACAGGGUUUUGGGUGGUGAGGGAAACCAAAGACUUGGAAGAGAAGGUGGUUCUUUCCCUCCAACUUACAGUCUAUGGGGAGAAGAACAAGUCGUGUUUGUGAAGCAACCCAAUCACAAGUCCAGUGUUACAAGCUCAGAUUCGAUAAAGAUGCUGUGAGGGAGAGAGUCAGCAAAGAGUUGGGCCUCUGUUUCAGCAGGGAAGCCUAGUGCAGGAUCCUUUUGAGAGUAGAUUUAGUGGCCAGUCUGAGGCAGGGCUGAGCUCAGGCCAUGAGGUUGGUGAGCUUGACCCUGGUAGGCAGCCAUCAUCAAUGUGCCUUGGAGCUGCUUCAGAAGCACCUGAGGAGAGAAGCUGCCAGCCCAUCUUCCCUUUUGGAGGAAUGAGUCUGGGGAAUUUGGUCCCUCCCUUUCAAAGUCGCCCGCAUCAGUCCCUUCUCAGGCUCUCCCAGAAAAUAGCAUCAAGUCACUCAGUCAGUAAGCACUGCUUCUCAUUCCUUCUUUGGGGAAUUUCCAGAAUUACUCAAGUCAAAGGCUUUGAGGAUGUCUCGGCGCAGUGAGCGCCUGCGCCUCCGUUACCAGGCACUUGGUGAUGGAGGCAACAGCAGCAGCAGCAGAAGCAGCAGCAGCACUGGAGGGAAUUCCCAGGUGGCUGAGCAGCACACCAACUGGAGGGAGGGUCCCCUCAGGACUCUGAGGAGGAAGUCCAGUAGGGUCAAAGGCUUCUCACUAGGCCUCUCACCAGCCCCUCAUCUGGCCCUGUACACCUGUAACACCCCUGAAUCCUCCUCAGGGUACUUCUCUGAGGAUGACUCUGCAGGUAGGCAUCACUUCUUCUGCCCUGGAGGCCCAUUCCACAGAUAA